GCUCGGUCUCAAUGCGGUCACCACUGUCGGUGUACGGCGCCCGCGGGAAAUGCGGGGGUCCCCCAUCGUCGCAAUUGAGAUUGUUGCGACCCAGUUCAGGCUUCACCUUGGACUUCCCACAUCAGUACUUUAAUUAAUUGAGCACGGGUCCCGUCACCGAGUCCCACACCUUGCGAGCAUCGCAAGCAUACCGGUUUCUGACAUGUGAGUCGACUUGGGAAUCCCUGUUGUGUCAGACGCAACAUCCUUGGAGAGAGGGGCUUGCGACUCCUAGCUCAAACACGCAUAAGUCUGGUCUGCGGGAAACGUCCAAGGCUGCAGAGCGACGAGAUGACGAGCAGUGCGCGAUUGCGCCAAUGCGGAUGUUGGAACAUUCACACUGCUGUAAUUUUUCAAGAAGUCAUCAUCACCUCGGCGGGCACGCACCAUGCCAUACCGUUGUCAUGCUGCCCAAGCCCGCCCAGAUUCCAACCCGUGCCAGACGUUCCCCUUGUUGUCCUUGAUCCCUUGCCCCGCGUUUUCUCCGAACCCGUCGGAGGUGUGGCAUCGAAAAGGGACAAGGAAAAAACAUUAAAAAAAAAGAGGGUAAUGGCAUCGUCAUGUCAUCCCCAACAAAUUCGGCUCGAGGGUACAAGGGUACCUCUUGUGUCGGUUUGUUCCCCAUGUGCUUUUCGCCCUAGCGGAAAAAGUGCGGGGCUCAGGGUCCGGCUGGUGGCUUGGGUUUUGGCAUGUGAAACUAGAGCUUCUAGACUCCCGCCACCACCUGCAAAAGCAGCUUCAAUACUGUACGCUACUGCAGCUCCUGGCUGGAGCUUCCGACGACAACGACGACGACGACGACGACGACCGCAACCAGAGACCGGGACAAUAAUAUUGGCUGCUUGAUUUGGU